AUGGAGCAGAGUCUAACAAACUCAAAAGGCUUCAACGCCAACAACGCUGACAACACAUUCAGUGGCGAUUCCGUGGCGUUGGGAUUGUUGGCCGGUCGUGUAAAACGAAAAACCCUUGCAGCAAACUCCGUGGCGACGGAACAAAAAGCCUCCAAAGUGCUGGGACUCGUCUUCUUCACGUUCGUCCUUUGCUGGGCGCCGUUCUUCAUACUGAACAUAAUCUUCGCCGCCUGUCCCGAUUGCAAGGUUCCCGAGCACGUGGUGGUCGUGUGUCUCUGGCUGGGCUACGUGUCGUCCACCAUUAAUCCCAUCAUCUACACCGUGUUCAACAAGACGUUCCGCGCGGCCUUUAUCAGGCUGCUGCUGUGCAGGUGUCAGAGCAUCUGCUCUCACCAAGUCAACACGGCUUUAUGGAAAAAAUAUCAACUUCGUCCAAUCUUGUCAGUUUCACACAACUUGCCAGUAAAACCAUUGAUAAUCGCGGGCGUUGUUUAUACCGAUUUCCAGAAAGCAUUCGAUCAAAUCGAUCAUUCAAUACUGAUAAAAAAGUUUUGUAAUUUUGGAUUUGAUAACACUAUUGUCCACCUUUUUACAUCUUACUUAUCACAUAGACGUCAGAUUGUCGCAUUCAAUGGAUUUUACUCAGAUUCUUUUGUAUCCACUUCGGGAGUGCCGCAGGGUUCUAAUUUGGGUCCCCUAUUGUUUCUUUUGUUUAUAAAUGACCUUCCUAAUAAAAUCAAUUGUUUCAAGCUGUUGUAUGCAGAUGAUCUAAAAAUGUAUCACCAGAUAAAAUGUGUGAGUGAUUGCGUAGCCCUACAGGAUUACCUAAAUAGACUUAAUGAAUGGUGCAUAGAUAACAGAUUAAACUUGAAUAUUUCAAAAUGCAAAGUUAUGUGCUACACAACCAAGAAGAAACCCAUAUACUUUAGCUAUAAAAUUAAUGAUUUUGCUUUAGUCGCCAGAACCAUACCUUCAAGUGUCCGAUUGCUCGACUGGAAAGAUACCCUUAAUGCAUUAUGCACAUCAUUAAGAUCAGCUUGUUAUUUUCAGAAGUUAAAAGCUUAG